AUGCCUACUCAACUAAACAUUUGUGUCGACAUCGCCAACUUACCUACAGUACCACGAGGUCCUACUAGCCCGCAGCACGAAAAGGAGGCUGCGCGUGCAAUAAGCAGGACUGACAGCUGGAAGCCGUCCUUGGGGCGCAAGCAGAGCUACCACAGGGAAGACCGGAAGCAUAUACUGCAGAUGAGCGGCGUGCAGAACGUCGAGGUGGGCCCGGGGUUCAGCGAGCGAAACUAA